AUGCCCGGCCUCACCCUCCCCGACCCCGCCGUCUUAAAAGACCGCCGCGCCGCCCAGCUCUACCCCUACGCCUCCGUCUCCACCGACGAAUUCAGCAAAGCGUCGCACGCCGCGCAGCGCACCGCCGGCCCCAUCGCGCUCUACUCCCCCAAAUACUACGCAGCCUGCACCAUCGGUGGUCUCUUCGCCUGCGGCCUAACCCACGCCGCCGUCACCCCGCUCGACCUGAUCAAAUGCCGGCGCCAGGUCAACUCCAAGCUCUACCCCUCCAACCUGCAAGCUUUCCUCACCAUCACACGCACCUCCGGGUUACGCGGCAUCUUCACCGGCUGGUCGCCCACCCUCAUCGGCUACAGCGCGCAGGGCGCGCUGAAAUACGGCGGGUACGAGUUCUUCAAGAAGACGUACAGCGACGCGGCGGGCGACGCCGCGGCGAGUAGGUACCGCACGGCGAUAUAUCUGGCCGCGAGCGCGAGCGCCGAGUUUAUUGCGGAUGUGGCGCUGUGUCCGUGGGAGGCGGUCAAGGUGCGCAUGCAGACGGAGGAGGGGGGCCCGAUCCGGGGGGCGCUGCAGGGGGUGAGGAGUGUGCUGAGGAGUGAGGGGGUGGCGGGGUUGUAUAAGGGGUUGUAUCCGUUGUGGGGGAGGCAGAUUCCUUACACAAUGAUGAAAUUCGCCUCCUUCGAAACCGUCGUCGAAGCCAUCUACACCAAGCUCCCGGGCCGCAAAGACGACUACGGCAAAGGCGCCCAGGCCGCCGUCGCCUUCACGGGCGGGUACAUCGCGGGCAUCCUGUGCGCCGUGGUGUCGCACCCGGCCGACGUGAUGGUGAGCAAGCUCAACACGGGCGGGCGCAAGCCCGGCGAGGGCUUUGGCACGGCGGUCGGGAGGAUGUAUGGGCAGAUUGGGUUUGGGGGCCUGUGGAAUGGGCUGCCGAUGAGGAUUGUCAUGGUCGGGACGCUGACGGGGUUGCAGUGGCUGCUGUAUGAUGGGUUUAAGAUCUUUUUUGGGCUGCCGACGACGGGGGGGCGGAGGGGGAGAAGAAGUAGUGGGGAUGGGAUGGGUAUGUUGGGGGAGUGGAUGGGUGGUGGGCUUGGGUGUUUUUGUUCUGCUCUGUUCUGUUUUGGCUAUGUAGAGAUGAUUUCCUAG